GACCGUAUCACUAAACACAAACAGACAUUACACCCCAUAUUAAACUGAAUGCGCGUUUAGGAGACUGGGGACGUCGUCAUGUCCGCGAACUAUUUUGUGGAUUCACUGAUAAAUAAUGAACCUCAAGAGGUUUUCAAGGCCAGCGGACAUUUCACAGACAUGUGUUCAUCGCCAUUUUUAUCCGCAGACUGUUCACACCUUUCUUCGUGCAGUUUUGCAUCUAAAAACGCUCUCUUUACUUCGGCGUGGGAUCCAAUAUAUUCACAAAAAUCCGUCUUUUAUGUCAAACAUCCGGCUAUUGGCGCAGACUCGAGAUUUUUACAGACAUGGAUUGAACCUGCAGUGAGCAGUAGAAAUUACGACCUGACGUGUGAGGACUUAUCAGAUAUGAGACAGAAAGAAAAUUCUUGUUAUGUAUAUGAUCCAUCGACGCCUACAAAGUUUCAGCAGCUCAACUCUACUCCACUCAACUCCGGAAAGACCAAAGAAGACAAACCCGGGUUAGAUCCCAAUAAUCCUGCGGUCAGUUGGAUAAGUGCAAAGUCGACCAGAAAGAAACGCUGUCCUUACACGAAAUAUCAAAUUUUAGAGUUGGAAAAGGAAUUUUUGUUCAACAUGUACCUCACCCGGGACCGUCGGUAUGAAGUAGCACGAGACCUCAAACUCACGGAGCGCCAGGUCAAAAUCUGGUUUCAAAAUCGACGCAUGAAAAUGAAGAAAAUGAGCACGGAUAUAACUCAUGACAGAAAGUCAUGAAAAAUUUGCUAACAUUUCUGGACAAACCAAAAUGGAUUGUAGUUUUCCAGGGAAAACCAUUAAUUGUUAUAAAUGUUAUGUUACCUAAAAUAAUAAAUGUAACAUAACAUUAGGUUUAAAAGUGAAAACAUUUAACGUCGUGUCAACUGAAACAUGCAUUAGUUUCUACAUUUAAACGAUUGUUUAUGUUAGCAGAAUUUUCUUAGCAGUAUUUUUUUUUUUACUUAAUUUUGUCUUUUUAGUGUACUGUUACACUAUGUUACUGAAGGAGUAUCCGUGAUAGCUUGGAACAUUAAGUAUUUCGUAUAACUUUAACAAUUUUGUACAAAAAAUACCAUUCUUCUGAUGACAAACGGAAAAGGAGGAAAAGUGUUGGACACACUAAGCCCCUGCAGCCUUUUUAUUAAACACAGCUGGGAUUUUGAUUUAAAUCUUUUCUUCUUCCUUUUCUUUUAAGUCUUCCUUAUUAUACAUUUUCCAGAAUUACAAAAUGUAAAGGGAGGUUCAUAUAACACUGCCUCAUUAUUGUGUACAAAAAUAAUGUUUGUUUCAGAGUUUGAGAAAUUUGAGCCGUUUAAUGUGCCAUGCUCAAAGGAGUUUCAUAAUUGUAUUUCAUGCUUACUGAUAUUCCAACAAGAGGUUAUAAAGGGAUUGUUUUCUGUCUGCGAAAUAUAAAACCUUGAUUUUGAUUUAUAAGGUUUAGAUUUAGGAUUGGAUUUUCUAGGUUUAGGGUCAAUAUAUAUAAACAUCUUUCUGCGCAUUA